AUGACAUUAUCAAGAAUGAAAGGAGAAAAUUUACAAUCAAUUUUUGAUGAAACUUAUGAUAAUUAUCUUGAUGAUGUUUAUCGUGGAAAAGAACGACCAAAAGCACAAACUGAAAAUUAUUUUUAUACAGCACCUGAAAUACUUCGUGGUGCUGAAUAUUCUAUUAAUUCAGAUUUAUGGUCACUUGGAUGUAUUUUAUAUGAAAUGUUUGCUGGUAAAAUAGUAUUUAUUUUAACAUAUAUAUAUAUCAAUAUUUUAGGACGACAAUUAUAUGAUGAAAAAAAUGCAAAUAAAUUAACACAAAAAAUUCUUAAUGAUCGUUUUGUUUUACCAAUGGCAAGAGGCUCAGCAAAACCAUCAAUUGAAUUUGCUAGUUUAUUACAAGGUUUAUUGAUUAAAGAACCAGGAAAAAGACUCGAUUGGCCAGGUAUAUUAACCCAUCCAUUUUGGUCUGGUCAAUUAAGUCAUCUUGUUCGACCACAAACAGGUACAACAAAGAAAAGUAUCAAUCAAAAUGAAACACACGGUAUAUUAAAAAAAAAAUUUUAUCACAAAAAAAAAA